AUGUGGGAACAGCAGAAGAUGGCAUAUGUGAAUUCAGCAGAGGAAGUACUUGGCUACAGGAAAGGCAAAAGGAGAAAGACAAAGCAGUCAAGAAAAGUGCGAGAGGAGGACAAGAGGAGAUGGAUGGCAGAGAAAGCUGAGCGAGCACAGAAGGCAGCCGAGAACGGGAGGCAGAAGGAACUGUACAGCAUAGUGAAACAGCUGACAAGAAAAAGUAAUAAACAAACAGCAGUGGUGAAGAGCAAAGAUGGAGAGCUGCUGAAAAACAAAGGAGCGAGGCUUGCCAGAUGGAGGGAACAUUUUGAGGAAGUACUCAACAGAGACACUCCAGAGUCACCACCACAAGAUGAACAUGAUGAAGGAGAAGAGCUAGACAUCUCGGUUGAGCCACCUACCACACAGGAAAUAAGGACUGCACUGAAAAAGCUUCGGAAUGGGAAGAGAGGCAACUUACAGGACCGCAGCAACUGGAGGGAAGUCACAUUGCUGCCCCUAGCCAGCAAAGCACAUACCAGUAUCAUCAUUAACAGAAUACAGGCUGGAGUUGACCGCACACUGAGGAACAUCUUAGAGCAAGUCAACGAGUGGAAUGCUACACUGUACAUCCAUUUUGUGGACUUUGAGAAAGCUUUUGACUCGGUGCACAGAGACAACCUUUGGGUCAUCAUGAAGAAAUAUGGAAUACCCAGAAAACUGAUUAUGAUGGUCAAAGCCCUGUAUGACAAUUUUCAGUGCUCUGUGAUUGAUGAUAACGUGACCACAGACCCUUUUCCUGUGAAACAAGGAUGCUGGAUGCCAGGCUUCUUGUUUCUCCUAGUGAUAGACUGGGUGAUGCAACAGUCUGUCAGAGGAAUGAGAACAGGAAUUAGAUGGGACUUCACCACUAUGCUUGAAGACCUCGACUUUGCGGACGACAUUGCCCUAUUGUCAUCAGCAAUGGACCAUCUUCAGUCUUAG